AAAGUAGCAAUCUGCCAGCGACAUACAGGCCCCUUCUCCACGACCUCUGGAAAUUGGAUAUUUCGGGUUUCCAACAAAAGAAAUCCGAAUUUUGAAUUCCGAUUCAUUCUGAUUUCCCCCAAAAAACCUAAACGCAAUCACACGAAUAACUUGUUUCGAGCGGCUCCAGUUCCAAUUUAAAUUCAAUAAUUCAAGUACCCGCUUUGCCCUAGAAUCCACUGUAAACGGAUUCUAACGGUGUGAGGGAAUUCGCAAGGAAAAAAGUCCCUGAUUAAGCCGACAAAGUGAUCGCCACAGCACGAGUCAGAGCAUGUAGCGGCCGAAGGAUCCAACCGGGUUUGGCUUAUCAUGCCUGAAGGUGAAAAUCGUGUGGUUUAAUCGAGGAGGAUUCAACACUUUAUGCUUUGAUCAUGUUCCGAUUCUAGUGAUUUUGGUGGAGUUUUUCAUUAUGAUGUGGCAAUUGAAGCCUGAAGGUCCAAUAUUGCGAGCUGCCCUGCUGGAGCAAAAAUGAAACAUCCAGAGACAUGAUGAUGGAAGCACACAGCUGGGAGGGGAAGAAUGAGUCAGGAAAAGGAUUUAGUCCAUGGAAUAAAGAUGGCAAGUCCUGUGGAGAAUGUGAAAAAAAAAAAAAAAAGUUCAAUUGCAGUAAAUUGAAACACGAAUAGGGGGUAGAGACCACAAAGUCUUUGGAGGAAGGGAAAGUCCUAUGAUGUCCAAUCCAAGCAACAAAAUGGACCAAUCAAACUUGUAUUUAUAAAAUGGAAAGCAAGGUGGCGGCUUCUGUGGAUUAAUUCUCAUUUCAAAAAAUGGGUAGAGGAGGCUCUACUAGUUCUUCAUCCUCGCUUGAAAGCAGCAAUUACCCAGCUUUUUCAAGUGGGUCGUCUUCUCUCUAUCAGCAAAAUCGAGACCUUAGCACAGAUCUUAGACUUGGACUUAGCAUUUCAACUUCUCAACAAGGCAAUCCUUCAAUACCAAGUGAGCCAGAUUGGCCACCGAUCAAGCCUCUUCUGAAAAAGGCAUUAGCAGCAGAAGAAGAUGAAUGCAAGAGUGCUACCUUUUUUGUGAAGGUUUACAUGGAAGGAAUUCCAAUUGGCAGAAAAUUAGACCUAUUAGCCCAUGAUGGUUACCAUGACUUGAUAAGGACUCUUGAUCAUAUGUUCAACACUAGCAUUCUCUGGGCUGAAAUGGAUGGAGAUGAGCGCUCAGAGCAGUACCAUGUGUUAACAUAUAAAGACAAAGAAGGAGAUUGGCUGAUUGUUGGGGAUGUUCCAUGGGAGAUGUUCUUAUCCUCUGUGAGGAGACUGAAGAUCACAAGUGCAGAUAUCUAAUAUUUUUGUUCAACAACGAGCACCCCUUUUAAUGGGGUUCUUUUAGGCUUUUCAUCUGCUCGGUUUUCUCCCCUCAGGCAAAAAUGGACUCAAGCCGAAGGACGUCCACAACCUUGCCCUGGAAUGUACUCUUCAUCGAGCUAUGGGACAUAAUCACUUGUAUAUAAUAAUUUUCUCUCCGAUGCCGUACUCGUGGCUCUUAAUGUGCACUUAAUCUCCAAGAUGUGGAUUUUAGGUAGGACAUUAGCGGAAACUAUGUUAUUCUCUAUUUGAGUUUGCAAUGUCAAGAAAAUGUUGUUUAGCUGCUUGGGUU